GGGUCUCUCUCUCCCUUCUCUAUUCCUCUAGACCACCUCACACGACAGGACCACGAUGAGUAAGGUAUCGAUAUGGGUUAACCUGAGGGUCUAUUGGCUCGCAUUCGUUGUAUACUGGGGUAUCAUCUUGUUCGGUUAUGAUACCGGUAUCGCAGGAGGCGUGGUCAAAAACGAGUACUUCCAAAAACAUUUUGGGAUCAAUGGAAGCAAGAAGCGAGUGGACGACGUUAGUGCGAUUGUCGUUUCAGUCCUUCAAGCUGGUGCAUUUGUGGGUUCGUUGGCGUCUGCUCCGGUGUCAGCUUACAUUGGGAGGAAAUAUACCCUCGUCACCUUUUCCGGCAUUUUCGCAGUUGGCGCUAUCCUUACCACCAUCGCUGAAAGCCCUUCAAACGGCCUUCACCUUAUCUACGCGGGUCGAGUCAUAUCUGGUUUAGGUAUUGGAGGCAUAUCAGCCGUAGCCCCCGCCUUCGUAUCCGAAUGUUCGCCCAAGGAAGUACGAGGGAGGAUUACGGGCUUGUUCCAGAUCAUGGUUGCGAUCGGUGUCAUGAUUUCGUAUUUCCUCAACUUCGGAAUCAGUAUCCAUCAACCCACUGGUAUCAACGUUUGGCGGAUUCCCUUUGGAUUCCAGCUCGUUCCUUGUGGGAUUAUGUUAUUCGGUCUCAUGACGAUCAAGGAAUCCCCUCGUUGGCUCGCCUCUGUCGGUCGUAACGAAGACGCCAUCCAGAACCUCGCCUACCUGCGAAAAUCCCACCCAAGCUCGGAAAGUGUCAUCCGCGAAAUGGCCGAAAUAGAAGCGGCCAUCGAAGAAGAACGGGCUGCUCGUGCUGGUCUGGGAUUGCAGGAAGCUUUCUUUGGAAAAGGGAACUUCAUUCGAUUUGUCAUCGCCUUUGUUAUCUUCGUCUUACAACAGUUUUCGGGUCAGAACAGUGUCAACUACUACGCUCCUCAAAUUUUCGAAUCCAUUGGAUACACCGGAAACACCCAAUCCCUCCUCGCUUCCGGUAUCUACGGUGUUGUCAAAGUAGUCUUCACCGCCCUCUUCAUCUUCUUUGGUGUCGAAAGCCUCGGUCGUAAACCGUCCCUUAUCAUAUCUGCGUUUGGGAUGGGAACAUUGUUUUAUAUCAUCGGAGCCAUCCUCAAGACACACCCGCCGCCCAGAAUACAGACAGAUCCUGUCACAGGAGCCAGGAUUUUCCCAGAUCCUCCGCCGGCGAGUAAGGCGAUGGCCGCGAUGUUGUAUAUUUACGUCUGUUUCUAUUCUAUGGGUUGGGGUCCCCUCCCUUGGGUGUACGUUUCCGAUAUUUUCCCAACGAGAACGAGGCACUAUGGUCUUGCGCUUGCGAGUUCGAGUCAAUGGUUGUUCAACUUUGUCGUAUCCUACAUUACCCCAACGCUUGUUACCAAGCUAGGAUACAAAAUCUUCCUCAUGUUUGCUACAAUUAAUAUCGGUGGUAUGGGUGUGUUUUCACUUCUGAUCCCAGAAACGAAGGGACGUAGCUUGGAGGAUAUGGAUAUCAUCUUUGGUGCUGUUUCGGCUGAAGAUAGGCAUGCAUCUAUUGAGAAGGCUCAGAAACAACUCGACCACGAAGUUGGCCAGGAUCAGAGAAGCAAUGAUAAGGUUUAAGGAGUGCAGCUAGAGGCCAGUUCAGUCUUAUAAAACCUUUCGUCAUUCUCGGUUGUGCGGAUGGAAGAUGCUUUCGUUCUUUUUCGUUUCGCUUAUGUCCCUCGAUAUUUUUUAUACGCACUUACUUACCGGUUACAUGAAAUUUCUCUUCAUGAUCUCACCUUCGUGUACAUCUAGCAAUCACUGCUUGUCGAUGAUAUGAGCUAGCCUGAGCCUGGCGGCUCGUUAGGGAAGCAAAUAGUUGUUCUUUCGAACACCCACUACCCAAAAUCCUUUCAAGUCUGACAGGUUGCCCUAAAAACAUGCUAUAUUCAUUGUAAUACGGUUAAUUGUGAGGAAAUAUGCUUUACA